CAAAAAGUCUUUUUUUCUCAUUUACGUAUAAAUUCAGCUUGGCGCACCCCUCUUUCAGAUCCAUUCAUUCAAACGCCGACGAAGAAUUGACCAAAUUCCAACUCCCAGAAGAAAUGCCUUGCGCGGCCGUUCACUCGCCGGUCUUCUCGCCGUCGCCGAUUUUCAGUAAAUCAACCGCCUUAUCUCCGAUCAGCCGCAACCUAAUCGCUGCCUCAUCACUCUCGCCGCCGAGCUCAUCGCCGGCGUGGCCGUUAUGCUCGUUGAGUCUCCGGCUUCCCAAUCAGACGCGCGAUUCCGCUAGGGAAGAAUCUAAUUCAGUUUCAUUUCGCUCAACCUCGUCGCCGGUCACUGCGCCGGUGCUGAAGAGGAAGAGGCCGGCGAGAAUUGAUAUCCCGGUAGCGCCGUUUGAUUUAGAACAGAGCGUUCGGACUCCAAGGAGCGAGGAUAGGUUGGAUGAGGUGGAGGUUGAAGGAGAAGGUUACUCUGUGUACUGCAAAAGAGGGAAACGGGGUGCCAUGGAAGAUAGGUAUUCCGCCAUUGUUGAUCUACAAGGUUCUAAGCAGGCUUUCUUCGCCGUAUAUGAUGGGCAUGGAGGAGCUAGAGCAGCAGAGUUUGCAGCAGCAAACAUGGGCAGGAAUAUAAUGAAUGAGGUUGCCGUAGGGAGUGAAGAAGACAUUGAAUGUGCAGUCAAGGCGGGUUACCUAACCACCGACGAAGAGUUCCUCAAGCAAAAUGCGAGGGGCGGGACGAGCUGUGUGACAGCAUUGAUUCACAAGGGCAAACUCGUCGUUUCAAAUGCGGGCGACUGUCGUGCUGUUAUGAGCCGAGGUGGGGUUGCAGAGGCCCUAACAGUUGAUCACCGGCCCUCAAGGGAAAGCGAAAGACAAAGGAUUGAAGAGCUGGGUGGCUACGUAGAUUGUCGCUAUGGAGUUUGGAGAAUCCAGGGAUCCCUUGCCGUGUCACGUGGGAUAGGGGACUCUGGUUUGAAAAGGUGGGUGAUUGCAGAACCAGAAACAACAGUCAUAUCCACUGAACCUGAGUUUGAAUUCUUGAUUCUUGCUUCUGAUGGAGUUUGGGACAAGGUUAGUAAUCAAGAGGCAGUCGAUACAGUUCGAUCUUCAUGCAUCGGUGUUGAAAACCCAAACCCACUCUCUGCCUGUAAAGAGCUUGUUAACAUGGCCCUGACAAGAGGCUCCUUUGAUGAUAUAAGUGCAAUGGUGAUUCAUAUUGGCCAUUUUGUUCCAUGAUCUCACUCCUCCCCCUCCCCUUGAACACCAUAAUCAUCUCAGUAGGCUUACUAGAAGAAUCCAGAAGUAGAUAUAGAGACAGAGUGAACAUAGUAGGAUGAACAAAGUACGAAUACAAAUACAAGAUUUAUACGUAAAAUAGCAGGCCCUAAUGCUCGACUAUAUUCAUUCGG